AUUCAUAUUCAGCUAGCUCUGCUUCCCUCCUCUUCACGCGUCUCCCCCACGACUUUGAUUUCCUGGUCAUCUCUCUAUCUCUCUCCUCCCUUUCUCUCCCUAAAAACCUCUCGAAUUUCUGUCAUCUUUCCCAUCAUUUUCAAACGCAUCGACUGCUAAAAACCCAAAUCGAAGCGCAACCCAGAAUACACGAACGGAGACGACGAACUGAGACAGAAUGCUGCGCUCGUGCUACAGGCUGCUCGAGCGCUGUUUGGGGUUGCGAUCUGGUGCUGGGGGCGGAGGCGAUGGCCUUUGGCACAUGGACUUGAAGCCCCACGCCUCCGGUGACUACUCGAUCGCUGUGGUUCAGGCCAAUUCGAAUUUGGAGGACCAAGGUCAGGUCUUCUCCUCACCCUCUGCAACGUAUGUUGGUGUUUAUGACGGCCAUGGCGGUCCCGAAGCUUCUAGAUUCGCCAACAACCAUCUCCUCCCAUAUUUACACAAAUUUGCGAUGGAGCAAGGUGGAUUAUCAGCAGAUGUGAUAAAGAAGGCAUUCAGUGCCACUGAAGAGGGUUUUUUGCAUUUGGUGAAGCGAUCUUUGCCAAUGAUGCCCCAAAUCGCUUCCGUUGGUUCGUGUUGCCUUGUGGGAGCAAUAUCAAAUGAUGUUCUAUAUGUAGCCAAUCUGGGGGACUCGAGAGCUGUCCUUGGCCGGAGAGUUUCAGAUGGUAAGAGGAGUCAGGUGGUGGCAGAACGCUUGUCCACUGAUCACAAUGUGGGAGUUGAGGAGGUCAGGAAGGAGGUUGAAGCACUACAUCCUGAUGAUUCACAUGCUGUGGUGUAUAUUCAUGGAGUUUGGAGGAUAAAAGGCAUAAUUCAGGUGUCAAGAUCUAUUGGUGAUGUUUAUUUAAAGAAGCCGGAGUUUAACAGAGACCCCAUAUACCAGCAAUUUGCGAACCCUGUUCCCAUGAAACGGCCAGUGAUGACUGCAGAGCCCUCAAUCAUUACAAGGAACCUUAACCCACAGGAUAUGUUUUUGAUCUUUGCCUCAGAUGGCCUAUGGGAACAGUUGAGCGAUGACGCAGCAGUAGAAAUUGUUUUCAAAAACCCAAGAGCUGGUAUUGCAAAGAGAUUAGUAAGAGCUGCUCUUCAAGAAGCUGCAAAGAAGAGGGAGAUGAGAUACAAUGACAUAACGAAAAUCAAAAAGGGAACAAGGCGGCACUUUCAUGAUGACAUCACUGUUAUAGUAGUCUAUCUUGAUGACCACAAAAGCUCCUCGAAAUGUAAAUCCAAGAAUAUCAUUCUUGGCUCUACCAGAGCACCUGCUGAUAUUUUCUCGGUCAGUGCAGAUAAAGCGGAGCAGGAUCUGCAUCGCGUGAUCUCAUGAACCGAAGAAAACUUUAAAUGGUCGAUACCAUUAGCAUAGUUUAGUUAUUUGCUGCAAUAAAGGAAAACCAUGUGAAUAAGGUUAGGUUUUUUUUCGUUUCUGAAAUGGUUGCUGUCUAUUAGACGAAGAAUGUAAUAGCAUAGGUAUACAAGCAGGUUUGAAUGCAGACUGAUAGCAAACUCCAGAA